UAAAACUGGACUUGGCUCUGCGGUGUCUUUAAGCACACACCAGUGUACACGACAUGCUGCUUAUUCACCAGACUGAGGGAGAACAUCGGUUAUUAUUAUGUUUACCUGGAUGAAUCCGCGCGCAAUUAUCUUGCUGAGCCUGGCGGCGGUAAUAUCGGCGGCGAACGAGCCGAUAGCCAUCAUCAGGCAGGAGCAGGACAUCAGUCCGGACGGCAGCUACUUCGCGCGGUGGGAGAGCGCCAACGGGAUCACCUUCGAGGAGCAGGGCGUGCAGAAGAACUCCGGCCAGAAGGACAAGGAGGCCGAGGAGGUGCGCGGCUCGGCGGCGUGGACCGCGCCCGAUGGACAGAAGAUUAAUAUAGGAUGGCUGGCCGACGAAAACGGCGCCACGUUCCAAGGCGCUCAUCUGCCGACCCCGCCACCCGCGCCAGAAAUUCCGCCCGUCAUCCAGCGCGCCCUCGACUGGAUAGCCGCUCAUCCCUACAAGGAGGAGAGAAACAAAGUGUAACCACACCGACGCCACACCUUAUCGCGCGAACACGUCGAACGUUUUCGCGCUUACGUUUCCUCUAUCGCAACGUAUGCCUCGGCAUCUCAUGUAAAAAGAAAGAGUUUGUAUAAAGAUUCAGUGUACCGAAGGGGAGAGAAGGUGUGAUUUAAUAUCCGAAUCCUCGUGACGCGAACUUGUGGUCGGGCGACGAUCGAACACGCGCGGCUGAUCGAGAUAAUCCUGACAGGAUGCGCCUGACGCGACAUGGAAAUUUGUUUGAAUAAAGAUGAGACUCACUUUUUCACUCGUGUGGACUCGUUAAAACUGAUACCCAAUCGUUUAAUGCGCGUUACGAGAUCAUUGAGAAUAAUCAUCAUUAACUAGCUGCAGUUGUACAAAAACGAUCCUACGCGUUUCAAGAAAAAUUAAAGUAAAAACUUUAUAAAUGAUUUAAAAAGUGUAGACAGUACCGAAGUCUUCGUAAUCGUUCAGAAAAUCAAGGAUGAUCAAUGUUCUUCUCUUUAAGGAGAUGUCAUACUUGAAAAUUUCACCGGUGAAUACCGGCGAUUUUUUCUGCAAAGUUCACUGAUGAAUACCGGCGAUUUUUGCUGCAAAGUUUUUCAUGUUGAUUGCACAGAAUUAUAAGUACUGAAAGCGCGCGCAAUGACGAAUGAAAGCAUCGCUUAAUAUGUGACAAAAACGACAGCAAUUUUUUUAAUUGACAUCUCGGACUGUCAGUUAGCGUAAAUAUGUUUCCUACUAGCAUAAUAGAAAUAAAGCAACACACAUAUUUGUAUAAG